AUGGCUCCUCCUCCCCCCGCAACACUGCCGCUGGCAGAGCGGCUCAAGAUGCUGGCCCAGACACUACAAUUCGCUUGGUUUAUAGGCCACUUUACUCUAAUUCUUGCUGUGUUCCGGUACCUCCUAUCGUGCAUCACGUUCAGCACCUACACCACCGUUGCCCAAGGAUCGUACCGUUUCGCUUUCGUUGCCGCGGCCGCUACCUAUGGAAUUGUCGUGUACAAGGGAUACGUGGCCCGUGGACGUCUGGGAGGAAGCAUUCCAAGCGUUAUCAUAAAGCUUGCUGGAGACGAGAACGUACAGUACUUGGGGAUGGCCCUUGUAUGGCUAUGUUCGCGACAGAUUCUCUUCGCCCUGCUUCCAUUCGCCAUCUACUCCUUCUUCCACGUCGCCACGUAUACCCGAACUUACCUGAUUCCUACCUUCCAGCCUGCCCCCGCCGGCGAAGCUGGCCCUGCCUCUCCAUCCGGCAGACCAGCCGCCGGUAAGGCAUCUCCUCUGGCCGACAAGAUCGGCCGCUUCGUCAAGACCUACUAUGACACCAGCAUGGCCAUGGUAGCGGCCCUCGAGCUGUCCCUCCUGAUCCGCCUGAUUUUCACCGCUCUCACUUUUUCAAGCGGCAGCUGGGUUCUGCUCGUCAUUUACUUCUGGUUCUUCCGCUCCCGCUACACCCAGAGCUCGUUCGUGCAGGCUGUCGUCGCCCACUCGACGGCCAGAAUCGACGCCACCCUCUCCCACCAGAGUACCCCACCAGCUGUCCGCCAAGGAUGGGAGGUCGUCAAGAACUCUGUUCGACAGCUGUACAAUGUCACGGACCUGAAGCCAUAUCUUGCGCGCUUCCAGCAGCAAACACCUGGCAAAAAGCCACAGUAA